UUGUUAACUGUCAUUCUGCAGUAAUCCGACUGAGGGCUGAAUUUCGUCGAGGCACAAAACGCAACGCUAACUGGUCUUUGUUGCUGAUUGCAUACCAUAUUUUUGCGAAUACUCUAGUAGGAACCGAAAUCCAAACGAACCACAAGGAAGAUGAGCUUCAGACAUUCAGUAAGCCAGAUCGACUGUCCUUUUACAAACCAGUCAAUUGAGCUGGCCUAUGGACCAGAAGUCUCUCUGUUCUUGCAUUGUCAUCUGCGAGGUUAUGAUCGUGAAGGAAAGGGAAUCUCUGGAGAUCACGAUUAUUAUGACAAAUAUGGUGCACCUGCGAAGAAGGACGACUCCUGGGAGGAAGGAUACCAUGUUGUUGAAAAGAGAUUGGCAGAGCACUACAAUACUGUGGUGGACAAUAAAUUGAACUUCCCAUUGGUCGCUGGAAUGGGUGGAGGAGUCCAUAUUUACAAGACAAGACAUAAUGAGGAGCCUUGGAACUGGACUGGUUGGAUUCCAAGACAGAAAAGAUGGUUGAGUCAAGGAACUUUCUUCAGCAACAGAUUUUUUCUGGGUCUUCGUGGAAAUGAGAUUCAGAACAAUCUCUGGGACUACGACCCUCAUGACGAAGAGGAAAAUGAAAGCGUUGAUGACUUGAUGUACACCCAGAUUGAACCCAAUGAUAGAUACAGAGGAGGAUAUUGGUUUCAAACGCAACCAUUUGGUCGCUAUCUGCAUCUGAUUACCCUAAAGUCGCAUGAACAUGACCCGGACACAAAGCUGUGUCUGAGAUAUAACUACAUCGUUCAUCCUCUGGCGUACAGACCUUCGGUUGAUACAAUACCAGACAACAGCGUGGAUGCAAUGCAAUGGGCCAUCAUAAAUAUGCCUGAGGAGAGGCAUUUUGGGGAAGGAAAGCCAUGGGGUGAUAAAUGUCACGGUUUGGAAAUCUUCAAUGACUUCACGUAUUUCUAUUCCUACCAACCAUUGGAAAAAAAUGGGCCAAAUAACAGCGAGCUUUGCGAGGAUCCACAGAGGACGAUUGAUGGUGAUAACUACUACUACUUUUGGUAUGAUACAUACCCGAUGGAGUUUGCUGUGUUUCUCCUUGAUUCGGCCCUAGCCAGAGGAGUUUACUUCCACACAAUGUCCGCCAAUGAUGCUUUUUAUGAGAGAUCAAGUGGAGAAGAUGAUGAACCGAAUGACAUUCUGUUGGCCGAUCCUAAAGGUGGUUUGGUAAGGCAUAACAUGAAACACAGAGAUGCGUCGAAAGACUCGCGAUUGGGUGUUUUGAAGACGAAGCAGCCCGAACUCACAGAAGAGGAGAAAAAACACCAAUACAGCUUGGCUGCUAUAGGUUUUCUGAAACAACGACCGUAUGGGCUUUACACAUCGUUUGGAUACGUCACGCUACUUGAUCCUCGCCUGAAAAUUAAGAAUGCUGUUUUCAAAGAGGAGAAAGGAAUACUUCAUAUGGGUCUUGAUGACGGAGAAACAUUGGCCCUGCAAUAUUUAGUAGAUGGGAAGUACUUUUCCACAACAGGUCUAUUUAAAUUGUUCAAAUACGAGUUUCCACUUCUGCCAUUCCGGAUAUCAAGACAACCGGACAAGGAAGAUCUUUGCUAUGAUCUCACCAAAGAAAUGGAAUUGGAGUUCACCUUUCUUAAAUCUUCGGAUGAUAUGCAUCACUUAAUUUGGAGAUACACCAUUAUGGUUCAAACCAAGGACCACACGGUAGAGACCUCUCAUGGUUACUUCAAGCUCAGUCCAGAUCAUACGACCGUUCUUGACUUGACCAAGACUUAUCAUUUGGAGGAUGUGAAGUUCAUCUAUUUUACCGCGAUUUCGCCAAAGAACCCGCAACAUCGUGCAUGGUUCCACGCUAUCAGAGGACCUGCAUUUGGCAAUCCUUGGUUCCAUGCCAAGUGCCCGGAGCUGAAGCAUAAUGUUGUUCAAACAAGUAGAAACCACAACACUGUGACGGCAAGUAAAGAGAUCGAAGUGACAGCUGUUGACAAAGGAGAUCUUGAUUUUGCUUUAAAAAAAGAUUGCAACGAGAGAGACAUAUAUGUGUAUUUCAUGCAAGCCUAUCCCCAUCAACAAGAUUUCUCAGAACCAGUGAGUGAAAAGAUUAAAGAGUCGUCAGAUCUUAUUCCACCAAGAAUUCUGCAAAGUGUGCAUGGAUAUUUCUCGUGCAAAGAUGAUCACCCCACAAGGAUUAACCUGAGUGCAUCAUGGGACAAGGAUACGGUCAAGGAUGAAAAAGUUUAUUUCUACCAUAUUAAUGCCGACACCGGCGAACCGUCGAAAAUGGAAGCAGGCUGCGAGCCCAAACAAUUUGGCUCAACUGCUUAAACACGUUCUGGACAAUUUAUCAAACGAUUUUUUUCAUUGUAGCUUAGCUAUGUUAGCAUUACUGAUCACGUGUGCAAUUGAUACACAAUAAAAUUUAAAAA